CCCCCCCCCCCCUUCAUUGUUCCUGAUCUUUUUUUAUACGACCCCCUCUGUGCUUUUUCUAAGAUUUGUACGUGAUGAUCGGCUCUCUGUUUUGGAAGUCUUACAUAUUGGCUGACCUGAGCGUGUCUGUCUGCGCUAAUAUACCAAAUGGUGUACCUUUUGUUGGUACUGUAGAUCUGUAGGUUUUGUUUACUGUUGGUGUGUGUGGGUGUUUUUGUUUUUGCAUGUUAAUAAGAACGGAAAAGCAUCUUUUUUCCCUAGAAGCUGUUUUUACUGUGAGGAGGAGAAAAAGGACGUUUGGGUGAAAGGGGUCAUUACUGUGUCUAGACAGAUCAUGUUUCAAUGCGUACUCAACAUUAGCAAUACCUUGUGCCUUUAUGUCUAUGGUGUGUAUGUGUGCGUGUGUGCAUGUGUAUGUAUGUAAGUGUGCUUGGCCUCUGCCCUGCAAAGUACAUGUGCCUGUAUGUGUACGAACUAAGUUUUGACUCUGCGAGCGUGUGUAAUUGAAGGAGUGUGUGUGUUUUUAUAACACAACUGAGUGCGUCAUUCACUUUCAGCGUACAAACAGUGGCAUUCAGUUUGAUCGUUGUGAAACCUCUCAAAGAAAUGUAUUUAUAGCAGUUGAAAAAAGACUUUACUGUUGUUGUAAAACCAUUAUUCAUGUCAAUAUAUUAUCCUAUAACCAACCUAUCGUCAGUUUAUACCUAAGGUACAGCCAGUGGAGCUUUGGGUGACUAGCUUUGAGAUGCACUUACCACAGACCAGUUAUCAAUGCAGUCGUAGGGAGUAACCCUGUGUAUUUUAAAAUUGGUAACAUAUAAAAAUGAACUUUUUAAAUGUUGAUAUGUUUCUAUGGUGACCACACACAAACACACACACUCAAUUCUGUCUCGCAUGUUCUAGCACUUUCUCAUGCCUGGAGCAAACAGGAUCGAGCCAGAUCAAACUGGAUCGGACUCAAUUUGGACAGAAAGCCGAGAGAGACAAGUCUUGUAUUCAUCUUUCUGAUCGUGUGCCUUCGCUACUCUGGCAUAUUGAAUCCUUGGUUUCUGCUUUUGGGGCCUUUUUUCCUCUUUCUAAUAUAUUUUUUUGGACUUCCUGGUUCUGCUCGCCGCUGGGUUCAGAGAACUGGACUUUGGGGACUGGACUGGACCUCUCAUACAAGAGAGAGAGAAAAUACUGAAAAAUGAAUAAUCUGACUGGAGACAAACACAUUAUGUCACUCUCUCUCUCUGUAAACACAACUAAAUGGACUGUUUUUAUAAAGAUGCCGGCCUCCACUUUUGAUAUAUCUGUUUUCGCCCCAGCACAGAGCAGGUGAAAGCCAAAAUCAGCCACUUUGUGUUGUGGGUUCGACUGGGCAGAACUGGACGGUAGCAUCUAUAUACACCUGGUUCAUUUCAUCGGUCUGUCACAUAUUAUCGAACAUAUAUUUCAUCUGUUUAUCAUUGUUUUUUUGUUAUGGAUUUGUCAAUGCCAAAUUCUGUCUAUCGGCACUGAAGUUUUAGAACAUGGCUUUUGAAUGUGUUUAUUUUCCGAAGCAGUUUUAUUGUCUCCACAGUGAGUUUUCUGUCUGUGUCCCUGCCAUACAGAACAGUAUUUCAGUGGCUAGAUCUGUGGCGUUAGAACGGUGUCAUAUUACUCCCCGCACUUGAGGAUACAACAACUUCUUUUUCAGUCAGUCUGUCUUAUAUUUUACUUCACAAAAUAUUUGUUUAUAUUGUGUAUAUGGAGAGUUUUAUCACAGAUUGAGAAAGCCUGAAACACUGACACCUUCCAUUCUUAAAUGACUGUUGGCAUGAAAGUAAAUGUUAUUGUUGGGGUCCUGUUAAAGAUAGGAAGAUAAAGAUUUUUGCCCACAAAACAAUAUAUUUUAUGGGCAAAGAAACUCUUCAUAGGCACAUAAAGGUAAGAGAUUUGUUUUCUAUCUCAAUCACAAAUAGUCGUAUUUACGUAUACGCACAGGUUAUCAUCAGAGUAUUUUAGACCCAGGCUUUUCAAACCUAAGAUAUGAGCUCACUCUUAAACACAAUGUUUACUUGAGCCAACUUAAAAACACAAUACUUAGGAAUCCCAAAUGUUUGCCGGAUUUUAGCAUGGAAUCAGGACUGGCUAACCUUGCCCUUGGCCUGGGGAUCGGCAGGGAUGUGCGUUACUUUCCGUUUGAUUUCCCAAUGAAAAGUAGUCAAAGUGGGAAUGCAGAUGUUAUAUCAAAGGAGACAUCAAACUUGUUUAUUCUACCCCCCCACCCCCCAUCAGAUCACCCACACUACCUGUAUUUAUCAAACCUGUUAAAGUAAAAGAACUGAUAUCGUAUUGCUGGUCAGGUUACCUUAAAACCUCUAAUGAUUUCAAAGGGGCCUUAAAAUCAAGCCGCCACUUCAUAAGCAAGAAUUGGUGUGUUCAUUAAUUUCCACAGUUCUUUACAGUGUGGAUUUCACUAUGUUUUAGGAUUUAAGUUCACGUUCUUUUAUUGGGGAAAGUUCAAAAUGCUGACUCAGCAGUUCAGAUCAGCUCUCUUACUUAACAUGGCCCGCACUGCAUUUUGGAACUCAUGUACACACACAUUUGCCACAGGCCUGUGCUAAUGUGUGGCAGAGUUGUGCUGUCUGUGGCCUCUGACAAGGUGUUUGAUCAGAGGUUAAAGGUCACAGUGUGUGUAUCUGUGUUUGUGUGAAGUGGCUGCAUGUGAGCCACCAGGAAGCCUUGUUGGGACGUUUUAAGGGGGGGCGUGGGAUGGGAAAGAAACUGAAUGGGAAGGGGAAAGGGGUGUUUCAUGUGAACUGAUUUGAAGAGGAUGUCUUUGUUAGUUUGGAUACUUUUUAUAUAUAAAGGAAUUAAUGCAAAAAAGAAACAUAUGGCUAGAAUGUAUGUGUAGGGGAGUACUGCUGUCCUGUUAGUUCAUACCAAUAUUUUAAGUAAAUAAACAGUUGUGUUUCCAUAUCCACUUUUCCUUCCUGGUGUUGAUUGUGUAAACAUCCUCACUGUUUUUGUUUUUUUGUUUGAAACCUAAAUUUAUAUUAUUCACCACAUAAAGAGUUUAAGUUGCAGUAGUGUCAGUAGUAUCCCUAAAAUACAGUAACCUAGUAAUACAAAAAUAAGACGACAGAUACAGAUCAGUUAAGGCUGUUGCAUUUCCUACUGUAAUGCUGAAUGAAUUAACAACUCUCUCAACUUGCAUUGCCUAAGCGUCACUGGUUGAAAAACCACUUCCCCGCCCGGGGCAAACAGGCUCGGCUCUUCCUGACGUGGCGAGCAGUUAAAGGUUCGCCGGUUCCUCCGUGGGCUGCAGCGAUUGGGCAGACUACCUGUUUGGUCUUUUUUUUUUAUUAUUAUUUUCUACGAGAAAUUUAAAUACACAGGUGGUAGCGGCAUGUGCGCGCGUGUGGUUAAGGAUAUGUAAAUAAAACAGAAGUGAAACCGUGGCACUCUGUUCUGGUUUCCAGGCGCAUACAGAUUCUCAGACGCAAUGUUUGGCAGAUAGUAGCAGAAAAGACUUUGGAUUUUAAUACGAGGUAAGGGAUAUAAUUAGGCUUCUAAUGUAGCCCAAUUCGAUGUGACAAGUACAUCGUUUGACUUUAGUUUCCUUGAAGCUACUGUAGCGCCAUGUUGUUUAUCAAGUUUUUAGUCUGAACUAUAUUAACAUCCUGCGGUGAAUCACACUAAUACAAAACACAGGCUAUUGUCCUAAAGUGUCCGUUCACCGUAGAAAGGGCUCUGUACCGGAAUUUAUGUGUGUGUGACUUCUUCUAUAGAAAUGGCUUACAAGUCAACUUUGGACUGAUUUAGAUUUGGGUCCCACACCUGACGCGCCUUCCAGUCUGCAGGUGCAGCUGCGCAGUCAUGCCUCAGCUCUCGGCCACCGCGGUGCUGCAGCUCGCGCUGCUGCUCUCCGCUCUGCCCGCGCAGUAUAUCAUCACCCGGUGGAGCGGCUCCACGCCGGUGCAGCGCUACCACGCGACCACACGGUUGCUUCGAAUUUGGAAAGAGUGGAAGAAAUCUUUCAUCAAUGGCACUGCAUGGAUUGACUGGGCAAGCCAGCAGAUGUCCAAAGUCCAGUCUUUGGUUGGCUUGGGACAGGAAGUGCCACAAGAGUCACUUGCCGUAGAGUCCAUGCUUUAUGAUAAUGACGAGGGAUACUUUGGAGCCUCAAAGACAGCGCGGAGCCCUCGUCCUCCGUAUGUGUUUCUGCGGGUUGGAGAGGUGGUGAUGGAGAGGAAGGGUCAUAUGGUUGGGGUGGUGGUGAGCUGGGACCCUGAGAUGCGAGCCCCUGCAGAGUGGGUCGACAAAAUGUAUUCCAAUUUUGAGGGCACCAAAGCAGAGAAGACCCCUCAUUAUAAAGUACUGUUCAGCGGGCCUGGACCCUCCUCUCUGUUUGUUGGAUACUUGCCUCAGACGCAACUUGAGCGCAUCACUGGGAUGAGGCCGGACAUUCCCACCUUGGAGAAUUACUUCACACAUUUUGAUGGGGAGCGGUUCGUCAUGCAGCCCUGGCUCAGAGAGAUCUAUCCCGAGGACGACAAAGUGGACGCCUGACUGACGCUUGGCUGUGCGUGAACAUAUAGGCGACACGGGAUAUGCGAUGUUAAAACCACGGGAGGAAGUUUGGCUAUUGCUUCUCUGUGGGUGUUUCUGACUUUUCAAAAUGUGUCUGAGAGACAAAUCUGGUCUCAAGUUUCUACAUUUGUCAAAGAAAUCUACUGAAAUCUGUCAAUCACGAGUUGUAAUGAGUAGAUACAAAAUGCCAAUAUUUUCUUCAGACAUGUUGACCUGUUAGUCAUCAGUGGUGGAAAAAGUACUCAGAUACUUUGCUUAAGUAAAAGUAGCAGUACCACAGUGUAAAAUACUCUAACAAAUAAAAGUCCUGCUCUUGAAAUCAUACUUAGAUAGUAGCAGAAAAGACUUUGGAUUUUAAUACGAGGUAAGGGAUAUAAUUAGGCUUCUAAUGUAGCCCAAUUCGAUGUGACAAGUACAUCGUUUGACUUUAGUUUCCUUGAAGCUACUGUAGCGCCAUGUUGUUUAUCAAGUUUUUAGUCUGAACUAUGUUAACAUUCUGCGGUGAAUCACACUAAUACAAAACACAGGCUAUUGUCCUAAAGUGUCCGUUCACCGUAGAAAGGGCUCUGUACCGGAACUUAUGUGUGUGACUUCUUCUAUAGAAAUGGCUUACAAGUCAACUUUGGACUGAUUUAGAUUUGGGUCCCACACCUGACGCGCCUUCCAGUCUGCAGGUGCAGCUGCGCAGUCAU